ACGUGAUUUCAGGAAGUGUCGUUAAACACCAGGAAGUUGUAAACAAAGCUGACAGCUACUGAGUUAACUGUUAAUUGCACCUACAUGGAUGGGGAACUAGCUGAAUAAAGAGGCGAUAUUGGUUAAUUCUAUGUAAUCAAGCUUACCGAUUUUCAUGUAACGAUAACUUUGCGGUUAUUCCGUGGAUCUGUUUCUCUGAGGUGCCGUUACCUGUCUUCCGUUUCAGCGCUUUUGAGGGGAAGAAAAAAAAAAAAAAAAGAUACAGUUUUUGCGGACGUCGGAGCAGUCGUUCCCGCAUCGAAAGUAAACAUUAGUCGUCUAAUAUUUACCCGAUCUAGACUGGUUUAAUACCGCCGGCUUCAACACCGAGAGGGAUUUAUUUUUUGUUAGCUAAACAACAAUGUCCACAUCCAACGCCAGCUUCAAGAACAAAUGUGUUGCCCAAGUGAACUGCAUCUUCUGUGACAGUCUGCUCUGCACCAGGGGGAUGAAGGCUGUGCUUCUUGCUGACACCGAAGUUGAGCUCUUUUCCACGGAUAUACCUCCAAACAGAACUGUUGACUUUGUGGCCAGCUGCUACUCCACUGAAAGCUGCAAAUGCAAACUGAGGGACAUCGCUUGUCUUAAAUGUGGCAAUGUUGUGGGUUAUCAUGUGGUUGCCCCCUGCAAACCCUGCCUGCUGUCAUGUAACAACGGCCAUUUCUGGAUGUUCAACAGCGACGCUGUGUCUACUCUCAACAGACUUGAUGCUACGGGUCUGAAUUUGCUCCUGUGGGGAGAUCUUCCAGAGCUGGAUGACAGUGAAAACGAAGAAUCAGAAAGCCCAUCAGAGGAGGAAUGCAUUAGGUAGAGUGGAACAUUGACAAUGUAAGAGGACCUUGGUGGUUGACAUUCAUUUGGGGGCAGGUGGACCUAGGAGAGUGUACAGACCUUGCUGGGAGGAGACCGAAAACAGGAGCAUUAAAGGGUAAUUGAACACUGAAUCACAUAAGGCUGAUAAGCUCUGCUGUAAUCUUCUGUGUUGGCUGGAACUGCAGCCUCUAACCAUUCCUCAAACAGUGAUGGAGCAGCAGGUGUUUCACCUUUGAGGGAUAGUGGAGAACACCUGCUGUGACUUCAUGAGACGGGGUUUGGUUGUAAAGCACACCUGCACCAAAGUUUUUGUGUUGAAUUACCCUUUAAGCUGUGGCCAUACCUUUCUUUUUUACUUUACACAGUUAAAGCACAGAUCAUUUAUUAUAAAACAUGUAGCUGAGGAGACCUGAGGACAUUCUUGACUCUUAUGACAUCUUAUAACUUUGAAAAAAGCGCCAGUAUAAGUUAGCUGUGAAUGCUAUUCAGUGUUUAUUUUAAGUCAGACUCUAUGAAAGGAUGGUCACAGCUCACCCAGUUAUAAUCUGUGCACUUAAGCCAGAAUUGAGAGUUUUGUCUUAAAGGCCUAAACGUGUUCUCGCUGUGUGGCUUGGUGCUGAAUGAAACCUCGAGUGCUUUUUCAAUCUCACAUAUUAGAGAAAUGGCACAAAUAUUAUUAAAAGAUGUACAAGUUCCUUGCUUUUUAAAAGGACAUAGUAUUGAAGAUACUGUACAAUUUCAAAUUGUAUAUAAGUGAAAGAUGUUGCCAUGCAUAGAUUUUUUGUUUUGUUUUGUUUGUACACUUGUGAUUGCAUCAUAUUUAGCAUUUAACCCAAAGGUACAUCAGAGUAUAACAGCUUUCCUUACUAACAUACUUACUAAGGAAUAUGAUGUGAUUCAACAAAAAAUUGAAUUAACUGCUGAGUUGUGACAUAAAUGAAUAUAUAAAGGGAAACAAGUCUAAUGUGAUGAAGUGUGGGGGGACGGACGCAUAAAACCUGAGCUUUAAGAGGAUGUCAGAAUCCAUACUAAGUUUACCUGCACCACCUGUGGAGAAAGAGAAGACUCAAUCAAGGGGUCAUUUGAAAAAAAUCAUGGAUUGUGUUAAAAUAUUUGCCUUUUAUAAAUGAGCCUUCUCAUUUAAAAGCUGAGUCUUGUAAUUAGAGGAUCGAUUAUCAGAGCAUCUCAUAUUUUUGAAGAAAACUGUUCAACGUGGUACAGUGGAUUGUGAAGGUUACAAGUUUUAGUUUUAAAACCUCAUUCAUAUUAUGUUUGCUGUCAAUGAAGCACAGUGAGAUUCUGUUCGUUAGAGUUCAAACUCAAAGGGCUCUGGGUCAACUCGCCCCUUCGCCAGUUCGUACCUCCAUGUUGCCAUUUUGUCCAUUCUUACUUCUGCUUUGUACCCGUGAACAAACAGUUUCAUACUUAAAUACUUAACCAUUGUGCAUUUGUUUGUUUCACUUAGUAAUUAAGUGUUUUUGAAGAAUUAUGUAGAUGGUCAUAACAUGCUAAAAUCCCACAUAAUUUACAGUAAUUGUACACUAUGUAUUGAAGACAUUAAAUUAUUCCCUGUUUUCCACUGAUUGUGGUUCUGAUCUCAUUAAUAUGACAGAUUAUGACCCCUGAUCAAAUUAAAAUUUCAUUUGAGAAGAAGUUGGACACGAAACCUGCAAGAGUACGAAAUUGCGAAGGGGCGACGUGAACUCGAAGCAAUUGGUUUUUAUUUGUUCUUCUGCAUCUUUGAGCUCUUGCAUCAUUGCUGUGCCCGGGUAAUACUAUGAUGCUCUCUUAAAGUAACAGUGAUUCUCGAAGUGAAUGAAAUUUUCUUGUGUUGUUUUCAGUUGCUGUAAGGGAAUCAAACAUUGAAUGUUUGUUUUUUGUUUUUUUUUUAACCUAAAAGCUUCGGAUAAAAAAAGAUGGCUUCUUGCCAAGUGACUGAGCCCCUGUGUUUAUCUAUGCUGCAGCUUUUAAUUCUGACGGGAAAAAAACCCCACAUUUACAGAAGAGGAAAUCUUCAGCUUUUUUUUCUAAAUAAAAACUGACAGGCUGUAACUUUUAGACCAAUUUCUGUCUGUGUGUAUGAAAUGAUGCAUUAGCUUGAUAUUUAUUAAAUCCAAACACCAAAAGUACUGUUUUUUUUUUUUUUUUCUCAAGUCUUUUUAACAAAUGCUUUGAUUUGUAUUGUGCUAAUAUUUCUGUUCUCAUAUUUAAUGUGUUGACCUGUAGUGUUUUGUUUUGUACAUUAAGGGUCGGAUGUGUAAAGUUUUACCUCAACACGGUAUGGUGUGUGAAUUACCUCUGGCUAGGAUAUUUGUUAAAAGAUAUUUAAAUAUUUAAAAGGCUGUUUCUGACGGUUGAUUAACAUGCCCAUAUGGAAUAUAUAUAUAUACAUAUAUAUAUAUAUAUAUAUAUAUAUAUAUAUAUAUAUAUAUAUAUAUAUAUAUAUAUUGUAAUUGCACUAAAACUGCUCUGGUAGUUUAAACAGGUGUGUUUUGUAUGCUUGUUAAGUUAAUAAACUUUUUUUUUUUUUUUUCAAUU